GGCUAUACCAACGAGGAGGACUGAAACAGGCGAGAGCGACGGCGAAACCGUAAACAAGUUACAGUCUGACGCUCUGAGCUCACAUGUAGAUCACGAUGGCAGAUUUUCUUUCUUUUUUUCCCACCUGCUCUCCGCCCACUCCGCAGGUAACAUGACCAAACAUGGGUGGAGUGCGCAGGUAUAGACACACUUCGGAGAGUCCCUUCAAAUAAGAGAUAACUCUGUAAAGAAAAGCUGCUGCGGUCUGUCGCAUUCAUUAACCUCUGUGUACUCAUACAAGGAUCACUGCAGUGAGUUAAACCAGUCUACUGUUGGUGAAGGAGACGAGUCCCACCAUGGAAACACAGACAGAAAAUCAAAGGCCAAACAAUGGCCAGUUGAUUUAUGUGCCUCACAAGGAUACAAUCCGUCUGCUGGAGGUGUACGUGAAGCGCAGCAUCAGCCUAAAUGAUGGGACACUGAAAGACACGAAGGUUCGGAGGAAAGAAAAAUGGGUGACAAUGCCAAGAAAGCAAAGACGCCAUUCCAGUGAUCCUUCCCUUCAUUUGGCAGAGGGAUUUAACUACGAGGAAAUUGGUACAUUUUCUGGGGUCGAGACUCCUGCAAAUCAGCCCAAAGAACUUAAUGUACUUAACGAAAAAUCUGAGAAACCCACCAAGAAAUCAAAGAAGAGCAAGAAGCCCUCAUUCUGGAAAAACUUAUUUGGUAUUUUCUAUCGGAAGAGUAACGAGGACAAAGAUGAAGAUGAGGACAGUCCAUCAGAGAUCCCUGAGGGCUCCCAAGGAGAAGAGUUGUUUGACUCUGCGACCACCUGCCUGCCAACAACUCCAGUCCCUUUACAAAAAAGAAAGUCCAUGAGAAGAAAAUCCAUAAAAAGGAGGUUCUCCAAGAGGCGGCUGUCUUCGAUAAAACACAAUAAAUCGAUUAAAGAGCUUAACCCUGCUGACAUAACCCGAGUUGAAGCUGCUGUCAGUGUGGAAGCGACGUACUCGUACUAUGAGAAAGUGUCACAGGAACUGGAAAGAAUAGUUCAGGAGGUUCAAGUAAAAGAGGAAGUUAAACCCCUCUCUGAUGAGGAAGUCAUCAACCGGAUCAUUGCUUUGACAAAGGAGCAGGGUGAUGCCAUAGAUGACAAGCUGAAAGAUAACCCCACCCUGAACAACUUCUUCCAGCGGAUGUCAUACUCCUCUUUCCAGAAACUGGCUGAUGCGUAUCUGGAGAAUGAAGCAACUCCCACCCACAAUCCUCCCACUGUCCCACCAACAGCACCUGAGCUGGUCAAAUUGGCGCUUACAUAUGACUUUACAGCCAAGAUAGUCAGACUCUCCAAACAGAACAUAGGUCACAUCACUGGCCUGGGGAACCGUUAUCUCCAGGACAGAUUUGAGUACAAACAGGCAUGUACAGAUCAUCCCGGGUCUGACAGCGACAGCUGAGAGGCAGCCAUGCCGAAACAAAACUGUUGCACAAAGUAAAAGGUUUACUCUUCGACUUCUCUCAGCAGCACAGAUGUGGUUCAGGACGUGUUGCAAGCAUGAAUUCCCCUUUUUCUUAACAACACAAUCAAUUACCCAAAAACAAAUUUCAUGCUUGUAAACAACAAAUCACCUGAUUUCUACUGCAACAGGAUGUUUGCUGAAAACAUGUUGAACAGCUUUGGUAGUCUGAGUCCUGUUUUAAGUGUAGACUGAUUUCCAUCAUGUAGCAGAUCAUGAUGUAGCAAUAUUUCAGAGUCACAAAUAGGUGAUUCUGCAAGUGACACUAACUAACUGUGUUUACAAAUCUACUGUUGAAUUCAAUACAAAUAAAUGCUAUAACCUUUAAUGUAUAUUAGCUAGAAAAGUGCAAUAUAAUAUAUUUUUUACAUUUGUGAGAUUUAAAAAUGAGCUAAGUUUAUUUAAUAGUUAUAGCUAAACUUAUUGUAUUUGUUAACAUGAAUG